AUGGAGAUCUGCCUUGUCCGUCAUAUCCUGGAGCACCAUCAAAAGACUCAUGCCCAAGCUGUCCAAGAGGCAACUUGGCCCAAACCACAUACAUUUGAGAGACUACCAGGGAAACUACAUCCCUGUGUCACCAGCAUCAACUGCAUCUCCGGCGCAGAGGUUGAUGGCCUAAUCAAAGACUUUGGUGAGGUUUUCGACGGCACUUUGGGUCAAUAUACAGGCACGCCCAUCUCCUUCAGCCUAGUUCUACAAGUUGCCCCCAUCAAACUAAAGCCACGCCGGGUCCCGUUUGCUCUCAAGGCUAAGGUGGACGAACAACUUGAUAAGCUGAUUACCCAAGGAGUUUUGGAGCCGGUUGACCACGCCAAGUGGGAAACCCCCAUCGUCACGCCCGUCAAGCAAGACGGAUCGGUACGAAUCUGCACCGACUACAAGUGCACAAUCAACAAGGCACUUCAGCACCACGCUUACCCAGUUCCCGUUGUCCACCACCUGCUGCAUUCCCUGGGUGAGGGUAAGGUCUUCACUAAACUGGCCUUGCCCAAGCCUAUCAACAACUGCCUGUCGAUGACGCCACUGCUGAAGCUGAGACGAUCGUCACCCACCGAGGGGCGUUCCAGUGCCACUGUUUGCAGUUCGGAGUGAGUGUGGCUCCUGGCAUCUUUCAAAGCCUCAUGGAGCGUCUCCUGCAGGGGCUUCCGGGCAUGGUGCCAUAUUUUGAUGACGUCUUGGUAUCCGCAGACUCAAAUCAGCAGCUGUUCGAGCGCAUCCGCGCUGCGCUGACCAGGUUC